CUAUACUGUAUUUCUUGUCAACACCUUUUGUGACCUGCGCACGUUUCCUUCGCGGCCUCACGCUUUCUUUUCUCGGCCUUUGAAUAUGAAUCUCGGCGACCGUGUACAAGUGGAGGUAAUGCCGGAAAGCUUCAUCCUCGCUUCUUCACGCCCCGGGGGACAUUGAGGGGCUGACAAGAACAACGUAGAUUUCGUGACCCGCAGUCGCUCAGAGCUCUGAGAAAUUCGACGCCUUGACAAUAUAGUUUCUCCUCCAACACUUCCCAUCGGCUCCAUACUUUCUGCCUUCAUCGCCGUCGAGGUCGGGAUAUAAUGACCUGUACAAGAUGUGACAAUUGUCAGAUUCUGGCAGCGAUUGGAGUCCAGUAAUCCAGUGGAACCACGUUGGGAUUCUUUUCAUCUCCUGGGGCUAGCAUCAACCUCGUGCUCCCUGAAAUUCAUUCGGAGGCGGCAGACAUGUACUGAGUAACGAAGGCAGAGUAUCUGGAUUCUCGUGGCUUGAUUGCAGUGGUGAUUGGUAGCGAGGAAAAAUGGAAGGAAUUGGGCAGCAUAUUCCGACUUUGCUAGCUGCGGGGCUUGCUCUUGUGUCUCUACGAAUUUACCCCUACUCGCCGUCAUCAGAAAACUCCGUACACCAUGAACACGCGAAGGCGACCAUAACCGAAAUCGAGGACGAGAAUGAUGACCUCGAUACUGACAACACCGAUGGCUCUGUGAAGCCUGUGGUUGUGCAAUGGAGGAACAUUAGUUGUGUGCUCAUGGAUAAGGCAGGAGAAGUGGGCAAGACAUUGUUAAAAAAUAUCAGUGGGGAAGCCAAACCUGGACGGCUUCUUGCCAUAAUGGGACCUUCCGGUUCGGGUAAAACUUCCUUGAUCAAUGUGUUAGCGGGUCAGUUGCCUGCGUCAAAGCAAAUGCGACUCAAUGGGCACCUCCUCGUCAAUGGUCGCCCAGUCAAGAACGCUAAGCACACGGUGGCUUAUGUGAGGCAAGAGGAUCUGUUUUUUUCUCAGCUCACUGUACGAGAAACACUUUCUCUCGCAGCCGAACUUCAACUUGGGAAAGACGUGGACAAGGAGAAGUAUGUGGAUGACCUGCUAAAGCGACUGGGCCUGGGAGGCUGUGCAGGUACAAUUGUGGGAGAUAAGAAGGUGCGAGGCAUCAGUGGCGGUGAGAAGAAAAGACUGUCAAUCGCAUGCGAGCUGAUUGCGAGCCCUUCCGUAAUUUUUGCAGAUGAACCAACUACAGGUUUAGAUGCCUUCCAGGCUGAGCAGGUCAUGGAAACUCUCCGCGAACUGGCUCACGACGGUCACACUGUCAUUUGCUCCAUCCAUCAGCCAAGGGGAUCAAUAUAUGCAAAAUUCGACGAUCUGAUGCUUCUUUCAAAUGGCUCUCUUGUUUAUAUGGGUCCAGCAGGAGAGAAAGCUCUUACUUACUUCGAAAGCAUUGGGUACAAGUGCCCUGAACAUGUGAACCCAGCAGAGUUUUUUGCUGAUCUGAUCUCCAUUGAUUACUCUACUCCAGAGAGAGAAGAGAUCACCCGCGGAAAGCUUGCGAGCCUAGUCAACACAUUCAGUGGUCGGAUAAGUGAAUCUCUUUACGGAAAGUAUGAAAGUGCGGCCGACAACAGUGGAGUAGUAGUGAGAAGUUCAUCGGUGAAGUUAGUUCGCCCACACGUAGGAUGGUGGAAGCAGUUUCGCAUCUUGCUGCGACGAGCCUGGUUGCAGGCAACUCGGGAUGGACCAACAAAUAAAGUUCGUGGAACCAUGUCACUAUCAUCAGCACUGAUCUUUGGGUCCAUUUUCUGGAGGAUGGGACGAACUCAGACCUCUAUUCAAGAUCGGCUUGGUCUACUGCAGGUUGCAGCCGUUAACACUGCCAUGGCAGCCUUGACUAAGACGGUGAAUGUCUUUCCCAAAGAAAGAACAAUCGUGCAGCAAGAGCGAACCAAAGGCUCGUAUGGUUUGAUUCCCUACUUACUGUCGAAGUUGGUUGCGGAGGCACCCAUUAGCGCGGCCUUCCCUCUUGCCUUCGCUGCUGUGGUCUACCCAAUGACCGGACUACAUCCCACGUUUUCCAGGUUUCUCAGGUUGUCAGGAAUCGUUACAGUCGAGGCCUUUGCAGCUUCUGCCAUGGGAUUGACUGUUGGUGCUAUAGCUCCCACUUCGGAAGCAGCGAGUGCCUUGGGCCCAUCGAUCAUGACUGUCUUCAUCGUUUUCGGUGGCUACUAUGUUAAUGAGGAGAACACCCCCUUGGUCUUUCGCUGGAUCCCUAAGGUUUCCAUGAUACGCUGGGCAUUCCAAGCAUUAUGUAUCAACGAGUUUACAGGGCUGAAGUUUUUGAAAGAGAAAUCAUUUGACGUGGAAAAUGGAGAACAGGCAUUGGACAGACUUUCAUUUGGCAAGAGUAGUCUCAGAGAGGCAAUCCUACAAGAAGGCCGUAUCGCACUCUUUUGGUACUACCUCACUUAUUUUUUCCUGAAAAGAAAUAAGCCAAGGUAUCAAAAGUUUGAAGCUCUCCCUCAUCCAACAGCUUUGGCCGAGUGCAGCAGAGCUUCAGGAAAGAGUGAGUCAGACUUUGCAGAAGACAUUACAGACGCUGCAAACGCGAGUGCCGAUGAGGAUCAAGCAAGUGAAUAAGCAUCCAUCAUCACUGUGGCAAAGUGCAGUGACAACUGAAUAGAAGAGAAAGGUGGCACGAAUUUGUCGAAUAUUCUAUCUCUUUCGCCCUUGUACACGUCUUUAUUGUCUCCUUGGAGUUGUAAAUGUCCCUUCGCAAAAGCUGAAAGCAACGGGGUACAAAGGUUACAUUUCUGUUUAAAUUACUCGCAAGAAAAAGCCC